ACUGCAGACCCAUACAGGGAAUAGAGUUCCCACUUCGAGGUUUGAAUUUCUGCUUUUCUGUUCUCUCUUCCCAUGGCGACGAGAAAUCGAAUUACACUCUACAGAAAGCACAGAGACGCUUUGAAGAGCGUUCGAGGUCCGGAGAAGCCUUCUUCUGGUGGCCCUGUGAUCGAAAUGGUGACCUCUUCGUUUCUUCGCUCUAAUCACUCUUAUGCUCCUCUCAGCACGGACGAUCCUGGCCCUUCCAGUAGGGAUACACUUACAGUGGGUUUGCCACCAGUUUGGGUUGAUGUUUCUGAAGAAAUAGCUGCAAAUAUACAACAUGCACAUACAAAAAUGGCAGAGUUAGUGAAGGCUCAUGCUAAGGCUUUAAUGCCUUCGUUUGGAGAUGGUAAGGAAGAUCAACAUGUUAUUGAGGCUAUUACAGGAGAGGUUACUGAUUUAUUGAAGAGGUUGGAAAAGAGAUUGCAGAAACUCUCUGCAACUGGAGCUUCUGAGGAUUCAAAUCUCAGGAAAAAUGUUCAGCGUUCCCUUGCUACAGACCUUCAAAACCUUUCAAUGGAGCUUCGAAGGAAACAAUCAGCAUACCUAAAACGCUUGCAGCAGCAAAAAGAGGGGCCUGACGGGGUGGACUUGGAGAUGAAUUUGAAUGAAAGUAGAUCUAGAUUAAAAGAUGAUGAAUUCAGUGACGUGGGUUUUGGCGAACAUCAAAUGGCCAAGCUGAAAAAGAGCCAGCAGUUGACUGCUGAAAGGGAGAGAGAGAUCAGACAGGUUGUAGAAUCAGUAAAUGAGCUUGCUCAAAUCAUGAAAGACCUCUCGGUCCUCGUGAUAGAUCAGGGCACAAUUGUCGACAGGGUAGACUACAACAUUCAGAGCGCAGCCACAUCAGUUGAAGAGGGCUUUAAACAGCUCCAAAAGGCUGAGAGAGCGCAGAAGCGAGGAGGAAUGGUAAUGUGUGCAACAGUGCUUGUUAUAAUGUGCCUCAUCAUGCUCGUGCUCUUGGUCCUUAAACACACAUUCUCGUAAUCUCUUAUUUUUUUUUUGCUUAAUUGACCUCCCGAGUGCAGCAGUACACAGGCAGCGAGCUUUUGAAGGUAGCCCCUGCAUUUUUGGGGUUGGGGGCAUUUUUGAGCCCCACGUUAUUUUUUGCAUUUUUGGGGAUCCCAGGCUCCUUCAUACCUUAACUUUGUGAUGACUAACAAUUCUUUUGUGCAGUAUUUCAAUUCGAUAGAACUGGAAAAAUGUAUAUAUAUAUUACUUAUCCAAUGAUAAAUCUGAUAUUUUUAGCA